AUGGAAACAACAAAUAAAACGGCCAGGAUCCAAUUUUUCUUUCGUCCAUUCUCACCAGACCCUGGGGUGCAGAUGGUGAUUUUUGUGGCCUUUUUAGUGAUGUACCUGACUAGCCUCAGUGGAAAUGCCACAAUCGCUGUGAUUGUCCAUAUUAACCACUCACUCCACACCCCCAUGUACUUUUUCCUAGCCAACUUGGCAGUUCUGGAAAUCUUCUAUACAUCAUCCAUUGCACCACUGGCCUUGGCAAACCUUCUCUCUAUGGGCAAGACUCCUGUUCCCAUCACUGGUUGUGGCACCCAGAUGUUUUUCUUUGUCUUCUUGGGUGGAGCUGACUGUGUCCUGCUUGCAGUCAUGGCUUAUGACCGGUUUGUUGCAAUCUGCUACCCUCUGAGAUACACACUCAUCAUGAGCUGGUCCUUGUGUGUGGAGAUGGUGGUGGGGUCCCUGGUGCUGGGAUUCUUGCUGUCACUGCCACUGACUAUUUUAAUCUUCCAUCUCCCAUUCUGCCAUAACAAUGAGAUCUACCACUUCUACUGUGACAUGCCUGCAGUCAUGCGCCUGGCUUGUGCAGACACACAGGUUCACAGGACUGCCCUGUAUAUCAUCAGUUUCAUCGUCCUAAGCAUCCCCCUGUCUCUGAUCUCCAUCUCCUAUGUCUUCAUCAUUACAGCCAUUUUACGGAUCCAGUCUGCUGAAGGGCGCCAUAGAGCCUUCUCUACCUGCUCUUCUCACAUCAUAGUGGUCCUCCUGCAGUAUGGCUGCACCAGUUUUAUAUAUUUGUCCCCCAGUUCCAGUUACUCUCCUGAGAUGGGCAGAAUGGUGUCUGUGGUCUACACUUUUAUCACACCCAUUUUAAACCCUUUGAUCUAUAGUAUGAGGAACAAGGAACUAAAAGAUGCUCUAAGGAAGGCAUUAAGAAAGUUCUAG